AUGCAUCCCAUCACCCUCCUCACAACCCUCUUAACCCUAACCACCACCUCCCUUUCCAACCAUCUCCCUCCCCAACUCCCUCUCACCUCCCCAGGCACCAAAUCCCCCAUCCCCUCCUGGCAUCUCCAAUCCUCCCUCCACUCCCCAACCAACCUCUCCCACCUCUCCCUCCCCUCCACAAACAUCGCCCACCUCACUCCACCAUGGCACUUCCUCCCAACCUCCCACGCAACCGUCAUGGCCGGUCUCCUCGCCAACAAUAUUUACAGUACCUCGCAUCUGUUUUAUUCAGAAAACAUGGCCGCCUUAGAUGCAAAUGACUCCCUCUUUCGUUCGCCGUGGCUUUAUCGUGCUAGUGUUGCUUUGGAACCCACCCGGGCUGGGGAGCAUGUGUUUCUGAUCACGAAUGGGAUUACUUCUAUGGCGGAUAUUUGGGUAAACGGGGUUAAGGUUGUCGGGAAGGAGGUAUUGAGGGGGUCGUAUAUGGGAGGAAGAUAUGAGGUGACUGGGUUGGUUGACAAGCAAGAGAAAGGAAAAGGAAAAGAAACUGGAAGUGGAAGUGAGAAUGUAGUUCUAAUCCAAGCCCAUCCAACGAACUAUCUGCGCGAUUUCGCGCAGGGAUUCAUUGAUUGGAAUCCAUACCCUGCUGACAAUGGGACUGGGGUAUGGAGGGACGUGGAGCUGAAACGAACGGGGAAGGUCGUGCUUUCGAAGCCUCGGAUAUUGACUGAUUAUAUUGGAGAGGUGGGAAUGAAGACGAGGAAAGAGGUGAAGGUCACUGUGAAGGCGGAGGUCGAGAAUAUGGAGACUGGCCCGGUGCGAGGCACGCUGCAGGGUUAUAUCCAGGGACCAGAGGGAGUGAGUAUCGCGAAGUUGGAGAGGGGGUUUACUCUCGAAGGACGUCGGAACAACACGAUCCUGAUAUCCGUUCCCAUUAGUGAUCCUCAAGUCUGGUGGCCUGCAGCCUGGGGACAGCAGCCGCUGUAUACGGUGUAUUUGAAUGUCUCGGCGGAGGGUGCUGGAGUUUCGGAUGUUGCGGAGCCAGCGCGAUUCGGGAUCAGGGCUGUUUUGUCGAAGGUGAACGGCCAUAAUGACACUGAGUUUAGUGUUAAUGGACAUUCGUUCCGUGUGCGAGGCGCUGGGUAUGCGCCGGACUUGUUCUUGCGGUUUGAUGUCGACCGUGUCAGGACUAUGUUUCGGUAUAUGCUUGACAUGGGACUCAACACUGUUCGAUUGGAAGGGAAUCAGGAGCAUCCAGCGCUUUAUGACCUGGCAGACGAGAUAGGUCUCAUGGUCCUGGCUGGUUGGGAAUGCUGUGAUAAGUGGGAAGCUUGGGAUUACAACGAAGACGCCAAGGGCAUUAAAUGGACCGACCCAGACUACAAAACCGCCUACAACUCCAUGCUCCACGAAGCAGCCAUGAUGCAGCCCCAUCCCUCUCUCCUCGGCUUCCUAGUCGGAUCAGACUACUGGCCCAACGCCCGCGCCACGAACCUCUACCUCUCCGCCCUCCACCGCAUGGACUGGGCCGUGCCUGUGAUCGCAUCGGCCUCGAAACGCGGCUACCCCUCCGCAUUAGGCCCCUCGGGUAUGAAAAUGGACGGACCCUACGACUGGGUGCCCCCGAACUACUGGACUGGCGAUCAAUAUGGCGCGGCAUUCGGGUUCGGAUCCGAGCAGGGCUCUGGAGUAGGGACGCCCGAACUGUCCAGUUUACGUGAAUUUCUAUCCCCCCGGGAUCUGGAUAGUCUGUGGAAAGAGCCGAAGAAGAAUCAAUACCACAUGUCGCGGUAUGAUUCGAGUUUCUAUAAUCGAGGGAUCUACAAUGAAGCGCUGUUUGGGCGUUAUGGUCAUCCCACGAGUCUGGAAGACUAUGUACGCAAGGCGCAGAUGAUGGAUUACGAGGCUACGCGGGCAGAGUUCGAGGGGUUCGCGAUGCGUCAGAAUGCAAGUCGGCCUGCGACGGGGGUUGUGUAUUGGAUGUUGAAUAGCGCGUGGCCGAGUCUGCACUGGCAGCUUUUCGAUUAUUACUUGCGUCCAGCGGGCGCGUAUUUUGGGACGAAGACGGGAGCGAGAAUGGAGCAUGUCGCGUUUGAUUAUACAGGCGGGGGUGUGUAUUUGAUUAAUCAUUUACUCGGGAAGAAAGGGGAUAUGACCAGGAUAGUGCAGGUUGAUCUCGUGGACAGGGAUGGGGGAUAUAUUUGGGGACAAAAUGUGACGACGCAGACGGUGCCGAAUGCCUCGAAGAUGGUGGCGAAGGUGGGUGGGUUGAAGAAGAUACGGGGCGUUGCGUUCCUGCGUCUGAUCCUGCGCGAUGGAGAUGCCGUACUCAGUCGGAACGUCUACUGGCUCUCGGCGAAGAGUGACGUGUUGGACUGGGAUAACUCGAACUGGUAUACCACGCCGACGAAGCAGUUUGCUGAGUUUACGGCGUUAGGGCGCAUGCCUACGGCGAAAGUGAAGACGAGCACUCAGCAACUGAGCGCGAAGAACGGGCUCAACAAGAUCGAAGUAACUAUGGCGAACGAAUCUCCUGUCCCAGCUGUCUUCUUGCAUCUGGCGGCUCUGGGCCCAGCGACAAGGGAGGAAAUAGCCCCGGUUUAUUGGUCGGAUAACUAUGUGACAUUGUUUCCGAGGGAGAAGAUGAAGCUAACGGUGGAAGUGAAUAGUACGGAGUGGUUGAUUAUGUUGACUGGGAAUAAUGUGGACAGUCUAGUCUUGGGCCAUAACUAG